GCGGCUGUUCCCCGCCACCAUUUUGUUCGGUCCCCUUUCGCGCCACUGUGACGACACGCGUUCGAAUCCGGCGGGGUAACGAACUUCGCUGAGGCGCGGCCGAGCAUUGGCGAGAGGGCGGGGAUGCGGCGCCGGGGGCGGCGGCGGAGGAGACCCCGGCCCUCCUCCGUCCUCUGGGGUUCCCUCAGCCUGGCAUUGAUUCUGAGCCUGGGGCUCCCCUCGGUUCAUUGUUCUUCCAAUUCAGAUGCUAAAGGAUUGAAAGUCGUCGGAUCAACCAAUUUGCCAGUUAAAGUUUAUGUCAAGACAAGUCACAACAGCCCACAUAUUCUCUGCGUGACAAAUCAUCUGAGAAAUUCUGAAUUGAUUGAUCCAAUAUUCCAGUGGCAUGGACCAGAGGGUGAUGUGGUUGGAGGAAAUAAGACUUCGAAAAUAACCCCAACCGGAACUCUGCUGUUACGGGAAUUUAAACCCGAAAUGAGUGGAGUUUACACAUGUUCCCUUGUAUUUAAGCCAACCACCGAGCAAGAUGAAAAAAGCUAUUUGAUCAAAUAUAUUAUUUAUGCGUAUGCUGAUCCUAAGUUUCACUAUGAGUUUACAGCCCGAUAUCAUGCAGCUCCCUGCAACAGCGGCUACAACACCCCCUUUGAGAAGAAAUUGCUUCAGAUACUGAGCAAGCUGGUGGUCGAGCUUGCCUGUGAGAUUGCCAUCCUUAAGUCAGAGUGCCAUCAUGUGAAAAUGCAGAGAGCUGGGUUGCAAAAUGUCAUCUUCUUCACUUUUACAGUUUCUUCUAUAGAGUCGGAGAAAAGCCAAAGUAUGUGUAAGAAGGAAACAUGCGACAUGUCAAGAAGAUUGCGAAAGGCCAAAGACCUGAUAGAGAAAUUUUUCAGCCAGCAAGUUGAGGUUCUUGGGAAACGGACGGCCCCGCUGCCUGAGAUCUACUAUAUUGAAGGCACUCUGCAAAUGGUGUGGGUUAGUCGCUGUUAUCCCGGCUACGGAAUUAACCCUCUGCUGCACCCAGAUUGUCCUCACUGUUGCGUGGUUUGCAGUCCGGGAUCGUACAACCCUCGCGAAGGAGUUCACUGCCUCCCCUGCAACAAAAGUUUGGCGUACGGAGCAAAAACUUGCUAGCAGAAUGUCAGCGGAAACUUUGAGCUAUAUUUAGUAGCGCAGAUGUACUUUGUUUAUAUCUUGAUAAUACAAAUAAAAUAAU